CAGCAACCUCCACCACCACCAGAACAUCUACUCGCCUUCAGACCCUCACAAUGCGUCCAUCUUUCCUGUUCGGCCUUACAGUGGUUGUACUGCUGGGCGUCAGCGUGCCUGCAUGCCAAGCAGGCCUGGCACUCAACAGACUUAUGAAUAAGGCCGUCGACGCCAUAGUUUAUAUGGUUGGACAACAAGACGCAGGCGUCUCUCUUCUGGGUCACCCAUGUCUGGUGGAGUCAGCGAAACAACCGGAAGGCAUCUACACCGCAGUAAUGUCGUGUGCUUCCUGGACCCCUCGCUUCGUUGGGGAAGGCACAAGCGAGGUUGAACUUGAGGCGCUUAAAGGUUCGAUCAGAAGCUUUAUCCGUAAGGCAUCCGAUUACCAGCUGUUAAGUAAAGAAGACCUCGAGGACUGGCUUGCUUCCUACUAAGAUGCUUACAUAUGACGUGGUUUCUGAAACCAUCAAGAAUACCCUGCUGAAGCCACCAAUAGCUGUUUGAUUAAGAAGAACAAACCUAAACUUUUUUGAAAACUAACUCGGCCGUGCUUGCAUUAUGUUGAUUCAUCUCUACUAACGACGACCUUGAAUCACUUUUAGGGAUUUCAUUUGGUAAGCUGUUCUGUGAAGCAAAUGCUGCGCUCAAGAAUAUGUACACAAGUACUAUUAUUAUUUAAUAAAAAUUUGUCAUUAUUGUUCCUCUUUCAAAAAUAAUAAAAAAAAAAUCAAAAUUA